AGUAACUGUAGAGUUCCUUUGCUUGCUCUCCUGAUCAUCUUUGACAGCUUCUAUACUUUAAAAAAAAGAAUGGCUUACCUUCAGCAAUCUGAUGAGCUUGUCUUUUUUGUCAAUGGCAAAAAGGUGAUCGAGGAGUGUGCUGAUCCAGAAGAAUUGCUGCUUAAUUACCUGAGAAAGCGGCUCCGCCUCACAGGAACCAAGUAUGGCUGUGGAAUCGGAGGCUGUGGGGCCUGCACCGUGAUGAUUUCUACAUACAAUGCAGACUCCAAGAAAAUACGACAUUAUCCAGCCAACUCUUGCCUCCUCCCACUCUGCUCAUUGUAUGGUGCCGCAGUAACCACUGUGGAAGGAGUGGGGUCCACAACAACCAAGCUGCACCCCAUUCAGCAAAGGCUUGCGAAGUGCCAUGGUUCCCAGUGUGGCUUCUGCACUCCUGGAAUGGUGAUGUCCAUGUAUUCCUUACUAAGAAACCACCCUGAACCCAGCAUGGAGCAGAUUGCUGCAUCUCUGGAUGGGAAUUUGUGCCGUUGUACAGGAUACAGACCUAUAAUCGAUAGCUUCAGUGCUUUUUCUCCGGAGUGUUGCCCAUUGGCAGGAAGUGGGAAGUGUUGCAUGGACAAAGAAGAAGGGAAAGAGAUGAAAGGCAGUGAUUCUGGAGAAGAAGACCCAUCAUUGCAUUCUGGAAAUGGAAACAGGAUGUGCUCAGGCUUAUGCAAGCCAGAGGAAUUCCAUCCCAGGGAUCCAACCCAGGAUUAUAUAUUUCCUCCUGAACUCAUGAGAAUGGCUGAAGAGAACAAAGGAAGGACCCUGGUUUUCCAUGGAGAGAGGACCACCUGGAUUUCUCCUGUGUCCUUGGAAGAACUUCUUAACCUGAAGGCAACCUACCCAGAUGCACCUCUUGUGGUGGGGAACACCAGUGUAGGACUUGACAGGAAAAUUCUGGGCAUUUGGCACCCUGUUCUCCUUCACCCGGUCAGGAUUCCAGAGUUGCAUGUUGUCUCCAUGGAAGAAAAUGGCAUCGUAAUUGGUGCAGCCACCCACUUGGCUGAGCUGAGAGACAUCCUAUUGAGCCUUGUUCCCGAACUCCCAGCAGAGAAGACAAAGAUAUACCGGACGCUCUUGAAGCAGCUGAGGACUCUUGCUGGAGAACAGGUCCGGAAUUUGGCUUCUUUAGGAGGACACAUUGUAAGCAGAGGAUCAGUCUGGGAUCUGAACCCUGUUCUGGCAGCUGGGAACGCUGUUCUCAAUCUGGCAUCAAUAGAUGGGAUACGACAGAUUCCACUGAAUGAUGCAUUCCUCACAAAAGUGCCAGAGGCAGAUCUCUCCCCAAUGGAGAUCAUCGUUUCCGUUUUCAUUCCAUUCUCAAAGGAAGAUGAAUUUAUCUCAGCUUUCCGACAGGCCGAGCGUCGGAAAAAUGCCUUGUCGGUGACAAAUUCUUCCAUGAAGGUCCUCUUCCAGCCAGGCACUGAUGUCAUUGAAGACCUGGCUAUUUUUUAUGGAGGCAUUAGUGGUACAACUGUGAGUGCAAGAAAUUCCUGCCUGCAACUCAUUGGAAGAAACUGGAAUGACCAGUUCCUUGAUGAAGCUUGCAGGCUAAUUCUUGAAGAAGUUGUUGUGUCUCCUUCGGCACCAGGCGGGAAAGUAGAAUAUCGGCGCUCCCUGCUUGUCAGCUUCUUCUUCAGGUUCUACUUGGAAGUCCUGCACUGUUUAAAAAUGAUGUAUCCCUUCCAAUAUCCUGACUUGCCAAAAGAAUACAUGAGUGCCUUAAGCCAGUUCAAAGAGAAGCCACCUCAAGGCAUGCAAAUAUAUCAGGAUGUAAACCCUUAUCAGCUUCCUCAGGACCCAGUUGGGCGUCCCAUCAUGCUCCAGUCUGGUCUUAAACAUGCCACUGGUGAAGCUGUCUACGUUGAUGAUAUUGCUCCAGCGGAUGGACAGCUCUACAUGGCUGUGGUCACCAGCACACGAGCGCACGCAAAGAUACUAAAGAGUGUGAUCUACAUUGGAGACAUUAUCUGUGGUAUAGUUGCAGAGACCUACGAAUGUGCAAAGAAUGCCAGAAGCAAAGUGAAGAUAGAGUAUCAAGAUCUGGAACUGAUUCUGACCAUUGAGGAGGCAAUAGAGCAUAAUUCAUUCCUGACAGAAGAAAAGAAAAUAGAAAAAGGAAAUGUUGAAGAAGCCUUUGAGACAGUUGACAAAAUCCUGGAAGGUGAAAUUCAUGUUGGGAGUCAAGAACAUUUUUACCUGGAAACAAAUAGUGUAUUUGUCAUUCCAAGAAAAGAGGAUAAGGAGAUGGAUCUUUAUGUUUCUACACAGGAUUCUUCAAGUGCACAGGUAUUGGUGGCUUCAGUGUUAGAUGUUCCAGCCAAUAGGAUCACGUGCCACACAAGACGAGUGGGAGGAGCUUUUGGAGGCAAAGCAUUAAAAACUUCAUAUUUUGCAGCAGCUGCAGCAGUAGCUGCCCAUAAAACUGACCGUCCUGUCCGUUUUAUCCUGGAGCGAAAUGAUGACAUGCGAAUCACUGGAGGUCGGCAUCCUCUUCGGGGAAAAUACAAAGUGGGAUUCAUGAGUGAUGGUAAAAUUAAAGCUGCUGAUCUGGAGUUCUAUAUAAAUGGUGGCUGUACGGUAGAUGAUUCUGAAUGGGUUCUUGACUAUGCUUUGCUACAAUGUUCUAAUGUAUAUGACAUUCAAAACUUCCGAUGCCGUGGACGGGCCUGCAAAACUAAUCUGCGCUCAAACACGUCCCUUCGAGGAGUUGGAUUCGCGCAGGCAGGCCUUUCUGCUGAGACCUGGAUAGCAGCUGUGGCAGAUUAUCUUUACUUGCCACAUGAUGAGGUCAGAGAGAUGAAUAUGUACAAAAACGUGUCUGAAACUCCCUACAAAGAAGAGUUUGAUCCUAGACAUCUGGUUCGGUGUUGGGAAGAAUGUCUAGAAAAAUCAGAUUAUUACAAGAGGCGACAAGCUACAGAGGAAUUUAACAAACAGAACUACUGGAAGAAGAAAGGGAUUGCAAUCAUUCCAAUGAUGUAUUCUGUUGGGUAUUAUAAAAGCUUUGAUGCUUUUGCUCUGGUUCAUAUCUAUCUCGACGGAUCAGUGCUAGUGUCCCAUGGUGGCUGUGAAAUGGGACAAGGACUUUACACCAAGAUGUUACAGGUCGCCAGCCAUGAAUUAAAAAUACCUUUGUCGUAUAUACACAACUAUGAAAGAACUACAGCUACCAUACCCAAUGCAAUUAUCACCGCAGCAUCAAUAGGCACAGAAGUCAAUGGAAAAGCAGUACAGAAAGCUUGCCAAAUCCUCAGAAAGCGACUAGAGCCAAUAAUGGAAAAGAAUCCAGAUGGAAAAUGGGAGGACUGGAUAAAGGAAGCUUACGAGGGAAGCAUCAGCCUCACAGCUACAGGUUACUUCAAAGGCUAUCGCACCAACAUGGACUGGGAAAAAGGAGAAGGCCAUGCAGUUCCAUACUAUGUUUUUGCAGCUGCUUGUUCUGAGGUUGAGAUUGACUGCCUGACAGGUGACCACAAGAACAUCCGCACAGACAUUGUCAUGGAUGCCUCUUUCAGCAUCAAUCCAGCUGUAGACAUAGGCCAGAUCGAAGGUGGAUUUAUUCAGGGGCUUGGACUUUACACCAUGGAAGAAUUGAAGUUUUCUCCUGAAGGAGAGCUGUACACACUGGGUCCAGAUACAUAUAAAAUUCCUGCUGUCUGCGAUGUCCCAGAACACUUUAGAGUCUACUUGCUGCCAAAUUCCAGAAACCCAAUUGCAAUCUACUCCUCCAGGGGUAUGGGAGAAGCCGGAGUGUUCCUCGGAUCCUCGGUGUUUUUUGCUAUAAGGGAUGCAGUGGCUGCUGCCCGGAAAGAGCGAGGACUAAAUCGCAAUUUCACCCUGAACAGCCCUCUGAAUGUAGAGAGGAUUCGCAUGGCCUGUGCUGACCGCUUUACCAAGAUGAUUCCAAGGGACAUCCCUGGGACCUAUGAGCCAUGGGAGAUCCAAGUGGACUAGUGCUCUGUGUUUCGGUCUCAAAAUGU